CUCGCAAUCCGAAGAGGGGAAGCGGCGUUGUCGGAGGGAACGGGUUUCGCGCCCCGCUUUCGAGGGAAAGGCUGUUGUUCCUCUUGAUUCCGGGUUCCGGUGGCCAAAGUAGCCGAGACACGCUGCCCCCCAUCCCGCCUGGUUUUAAGGGGUGGGGCUGGGAGAAUGAAUUUGGUGGCGAGAGCUGAGCUUCCUGUUGACAAAACCAAGAGAAAGAAAAGAAGAGACUUGACUGAACAACAGAAACAAGAAAUUAAAGAUGCUUUUGAGUUGUUUGACACAGAUAAAGACAGAGCAAUAGAUUAUCAUGAACUGAAGGUGGCAAUGAGAGCCUUAGGUUUCGAUGUGAAAAAAGCAGAUGUGCUAAAGAUACUUAAAGAUUAUGAUCGGGAAGGAACUGGGAAAAUCUCCUUUGAAGAUUUUAAUGAAGUUGUGACAGACUGGAUACUUGAGCGAGAUCCUCAUGAAGAGAUACUCAAGGCAUUUAAAUUGUUUGAUGAUGAUGAUUCGGGUAAAAUAAGCUUGAGAAACCUGCGCCGUGUAGCUAGAGAACUUGGGGAAAACAUGACUGAUGAAGAACUUCGGGCAAUGAUUGAAGAAUUUGAUAAAGAUGGUGAUGGAGAAAUCAACCAGGAAGAAUUUAUUGCCAUCAUGACUGGAGAUGUUUAACGGUACAAGAAAAGAAAUGAACUUGGCACAAAAAGGAAGGAUUAUUGGCUUUCAGCAUUGAAGCUGCCACCUUUCUGUUUAAGUUAAUUUCUGUAGCAGGAGCCAUGCAAAAAAAUAAUUUUCCUCAAAGGACCAAAAGAAACACAAAAUCUAUGUACUAAGAGGUUGAUAUUUUAUAUCAUUAAAUUUUAGAUUAAGCAGUGUUACGUUUGAGUACUCAUUUGUAAAAUAGCUUUGUAUAAGAAUUUUAAAUUAAAUCAUAGUAUAAAACCUUUUGAAGUUGACAUGAUUUUAGCAUUAGCCGUGGCCUUAGUUUUUAUAUAAGAGUUUAACAGACAUCCAUUUUAAUAAAGUAUUCUUUUUAUAUUCUGUAA